AAAUACUUGUAGAGAUGUUCGAGUUUUCUGAGUAAGUAUUUCGUUUUUAAUUGAUUUGGUUUCUUUCUUACAGUUAACCAGGAUAACAAUAAUGAUAAUAUAACUAAAGAUUCCAAAGCUCCUAAAGCGCAUUUGCUGUAUGAGAUGUUUACGAAAAAAUUAUAAGGACACAUGAUUUUUUUAUGAAAAAUAAUUAUUGCCAGAAAAAAACGAAAUAUGGAAACAAACAAACAAAAUAGACAUACAUAUAAAUAAAAGGAAAAAAAGUAAAUCGAGAAAAAAAAUACAGAUAAGGGACUUAAACACUUAAAUAUACUAAAUUAUUUAAAUCCAAGUUAUGAAAGGUCAAGGAAAAUAAACCAAAAAUAAUUACCACAUUAUCCCCCAACAUAUAGAUUUGUGAGACUGAAAAUCAAUAAUACAAGAGACGAAUAUAAUAAAUGAUAAAAUAUAUGAAUAAUAAAAAGCUGAAAUGACAUAUAAAAAAAUAUAUAUAUGUAUUACGGAAAGUCAAGGGAAAGCGGGCCGUAGGGAUGCCAGCUGUAUCCUUAACUGCCCUAAACAAGAUUGUUUGUUAGUUUGGGGUUUGUUCCAUAGCUGUGUUGGCGGAAAUGGUGCUCAGAGAGGCAAUUAAGAAAGUAAUUACGGACAAUUCAAGCAAUAUGCAGGAAUCAGAGAGUAAGCCGGAGAUGGCCCUGGUGAGCCGAGCGGAGGUGGCACAGGCAAAUGCCAUGGCUCGGCAACUCCAUGUGUACAAGCCAGGGAUUGACUUCGUACCUGGGGCCAGACUGGAGGUCUUAGACACAAGGGAUAAUAACUGGUACCAGUGCAAAGUUGUGGAGGUGGACUGGGGUGAACUAGACAUCCUCGUUCAUUAUGAGCGUUGGUCGAAUCGCUUUGACGAGUGGCUGAAGAUGGACUCCACACGCAUUAGGCCGGUGGUUCGCAGUUCCUCAAGAAAGGAAAAAAAAGGUGGUAUAUUCCGCAUUGGUGACAGAGUGACGGCUCGAUGGGCAGCAGAUGGAAAGAGAUACCAAGCACGCAUCACGAAAGUCCUAGGAGAUGAUCAGUAUGAAGUGCUUUUCUUUGACGGAGUGACAAAAGUUGUCAGAUCAGGAGCGCUGACAAAAUUUGAAAAAAGAUCCCCACGCGUCUCAUCAGAACACAGCAGAGAUGGAGACGACACAAGCAAUGAUGGCGGAAGCCCCAGGAAGCAGAGCUUGGGUGAGGACGAAGAGAUCAUGCUCCUGUCUCCAGCAGCGACGACUGCAAGCUCCACCGACUCGAGGCCUUCCAGCCCAGAGCCAGAUCAGACUGUGGGAGAGGCCGUUAAAGAAGAAGAACUGUCUGAAGUGGAAGCCGUCACAACUCCCGUCAAAAAGAGUAUAUUUGAAGUGGAAAUCAUUGACCAGAAGAGAAAGCCAAAGCGAAAAGCUGCCGUGGAGGAGCUUUUCCAGUCCCUGAAGAAGAAGCGGAGAUAUGAGUACCAUGGAAAGAAGGACGACACAUCCCCCAAGACACCACACACACCCCUUAGUUCCCAGGCCAAGAAGGCAUCAACCUCGAAGAAGAGAGGCAGAGACUCGAUGGGGAUUUAUGAUGACGAUGGAACACCCCUUGCAGGAACCUCAAAAUCUUGGGAGCCACAGGAGGCUGCGGAAAGCACUUCUUGUGAGAGCCCCAUGCCAUCACAGUCAAUGAACACUGUCCUUGUGGAUGUAGAAGAUGGCUGGAAGAAAUGCUGCACAAGACGCACACAUGGCACAACGGCAGGGAAAUGGGACAUGUUCUAUAUUACGCCAGAGGGGAAAAAGAUUCGCAGUAAAAAUGAUCUCAGUAGAUACUUUGAGGAUGCUGGACUUGACUAUGAUAUUGACAAGUUUGAUUUCUCCGUGAAAAACAUGAAAGGUGAGAUGAAUACUUGUACAUCAGUUUGA